AAAAAAAAAAAAACUUUGGAAAAAAAGACCCACUCAUCCUUUCGUGCAGCCUCGCCUCUUUUUUUUUUCCUUCUUCCAAAAGCCUUAAAUAUUCCUUCCCUGUCUUACCCAUUAAUUCUCAAACUCCCAUUCUGAAUCCAACUCCAAAAAGAAAAGAGAAAAGUAUUGCUCUUCUUCUAUAGUCUUAUUUUCUUAAAACAAAUAUAAGAAAAUGACAAAGAAAAUGAAGCUCCCAUUUCUGAAUAAGAUCAUUUCAUAUUCAUCAUCUUCUUUCUCUUCUCUGCCAUCAUCUUCUUGUCAUCAACAAAACCCUAAGAAACUAUUUUUCAGAGGUUUCUUCACUCUCAACAAACCUAAAAAUGUCAACAAACCCGAGCCACCUUCACGCAGCUUCUCCUCAUCCUCCUCUACCACCAACGACGUCAUGGAAAAUCCACGGGAGAUAGAGUGUAUAGAGAAUGUGAUUAGAGGACUAAAAUCAUCAAAAAGACUUAUCUUUGAACGUAGAGGAAGAUCAAACUCCAUACUCGAAGAAGUUACUAAGAGAGAAGAAGAUGAAGAAGAUGACGCUUCUGAGGAGGAGGAAGAAGGCUUCAUACUCUUGUCCUUAGAAUCAAACGACCCUUGCUCAGAUUUCAAGAAAUCCAUGGAAAAGAUGAUUGAACUACACGCGCUUCAUCAUGAUUGGAGAAGACUCGAAAAACUUCUUUUCUUGUUCUUGAAAGUCAACGUUAAGACAAGCCACAAAUACAUCUGCGCCGCGUUCGUCGAUUUACUCUUAAACUUAGCAGUAGAAUCUUCUAAAGACGUCGCUCAAGAACCCCGUUCUGAAUCUCCGUCGUCACCGAUAUCAUUCUACACGUCGUACUCGUCCUCAGAUGAUACCUCGUCGACGUCAGUACGGGCCUUACCGGAAAGUUUGAUAGGCGAGAAGAGGAGGGACGUUGUUCGUUGUUUAUCGUCAUUGUUUGAGAUGGAGGAGAAGAUUAAAGACAAUAUUGGUAAUUAAUUACACGUGAGAUCUUUUGGGAAAGUACCAUAUGAAGUAGACUAACGCAUCCCUUAGAGCAUGAUUAAUGGAGGAGAUAUAUUUGAGGUUUUUAGAGUAUGAUUUGAUAUUUUUUUGGUUAAGAGACAUCUCUUAUCGUAUUAAUGAUAUUUUUUUUCUAGUUUUUUUCUCUGUUCUACAAAUCGGUCAUCUAGGCGCUAAGCGAUCCUCUUCCGCCCCAAU